GGCCUGUUGCCUCCAAGGAGAGCAGUGUGAGAGUGAUGUUGCACUUCACUGAAACAGCUAUUUGAUUCUCUGCAGUUUGGUGUUAAAGGCAGCUGAGAUCGAAGUCCGUGUGCCUCUUUGCGAGCAGAAGGAAACACUGAGCGGGUAACAUGGCAGAAAACAACUUCCCUCCCCUGCCUCGAUUCAUCCCCCUCAAGCCAUGUUUUUACCAAGACUUCAACGAGAUCCCAGACCAGUUCCGCACCAUGUGCAAGAGGCUCUACUACUUAUGGAUCUUGCAUAGUGCAACACUGGCUGUCAAUGUGAUUGGCUGUCUGGCGUGGAUGUGUGGAGGUGGCGGAGCGACCAACUUUGGCAUGGCCUUCAUCUGGCUCAUCCUCUUCACCCCCUGCUCCUACGUGUGCUGGUUCAGGCCCAUCUACAAGGCCUUUAAAACGGACAGCUCCUUCAACUUCAUGGCGUUCUUCUUCGUCUUCAUGGCCCAGGUGGUGAUCAGUAUUAUCCAGACUAUUGGCAUUCCAGGCUGGGGAGUGUGUGGCUGGCUGGCUACCAUCACGUUCUUCAGCACCAACGUUGGCUCAGCUGUUGUCAUGCUGAUUCCCACCAUCAUGUUUACUGCCGUGGCUGUACUCUCCUUUAUCGCCCUCACAAAGGUGCAUAACUUCUACCGUGGCAGUGGGGGCAGUCUGGGUAAAGCCCAGGAGGAAUGGACCACCGGGGCCUGGAAGAACCCCCACGUCCAGCAGGCCGCGCAGCAGGCGGCAAUGGGAGCCGCGCAGGGAGCCGUGCAGCAGAACCAGUACUCGGCAGCUCCCACCUACAACUAUGACGACCCAAUGUAGGACAGAGGAGGGGGCUGGGCAGCAGUGUGGGAGAGAUAAAAAGGGAUCAAUUAAGAAAACAACUCAGAAUUAGGUGCCCUCCAUUAUUUCACUGUACAAUUCAAAACAAUGUCAUGUUUUGGUGAAAGUGUACUUUAUUUUAUUCCGUAGGGUGUGGGAGUUUAUCAUUUCAGUCAGCUCAUAUUUAAAUCAACAGCAAGUUAUUAUAAAGCUGUUGUAUGUUGUUGUUUUAAACUCUUAAUGCUGCUCAGUUUCAGCUGGUCAGUGUGUGGAUUGCUUUCAAACGGAGACACCAGAAUAUUUCUAAAACCAGAACCCUGAGCCUCUUUAGUUUAUUCAGGUAGGUUUAUCUGUGGUUCAAACAGAGUGACUUCUCUUGAUCUAUUAAUCGUCUUUGAAUUGGAGUUAAUUUGUUUCAUGUGCUUUAGUAGCUCCACCGUCCCAUUGGCCUUCAACGUCACCAAACACUAAAAACUGCCACUCCAUUGAUGAGCCGCGGCUGGUUAGAAUUCAUUUGAUACGUCCUUAAAAAAGUUGAAUGAGUUAUUUCAUGUUCAAUAAAAUGUUCAACAGUUUGGACAAUGCGCUAGUUUGCUUCUUGCUGAGUUAGAUGAGAUAAUGAAUACUCCGUCUUGUCUCUGUACGAUCAAUAUGAAGCUUGUUAUCCAUGGAAAGCUGGUUAAAUCUAUUUCUCUUAGUCUUUAUGUAAACAUUGACUUUUGAACCAGUCAGAUAUCUCAUCAACAUAAUCAAUAACUCCCUAUAAUACAUUUUAGACCGAUUGAAAGAAGCCCAAAGCAGAUAUAAUUUACCAAAUGCAGAUUUCUCAGAUCCUGUGAUUUAUAUUAUUUAUACCUGGUGACCACAUAUUUCCAUUUUUUCUGUUUACUGUUGAGAAGUUGCUCUGAGUCAGUUCUAGUAAACAUUUUUACACGCUCAGGAAAGAUGAUAAAUCGCUGGUUUUAAAUUGGACUUGUGAAGCCCGUACACCUUCAAAGCGUUGGGCCUUUGUCUCCUUCUUUUCACUGUCAUUUAAACAUUGACAGGUGUUUGUUUUGACAUAACUCUAAUUAUGUGUUAUCAGGUCAAAUUAAGUGGAAAAAAAAAACAAAUAUUACAUGUUUAAAAUGAAGCACAUGCAGUAUUUAGGAUCGUAGUUUAUUGGAUUAAACAUUCCAAUUGAAUGAUUUAACGUUGUACCUGUAAAAUAUGAUAGGAAACCAAAACACAUGCAGGUUGGACAUCAUACUAAUCAUUGUCGUAGGUGGUCAUAGCGUUGUAUGAAGUGAUGGAUGUUUCCCUCCUUUGGCAAAUUCUCCCACGUAACCCUACAUGUAAAUGCUUAAAUGACGACCUGUUUCUGGAGCUCUGGGUUUCAGGCCUUGGUGUCAUUUUUGUGGCUGUUGGUGUAAUUCUAUGAGUAGCUGUAAUAUGAUAUUUAUAUUAAAAAAGCAAGCCAGUUGUUUCUUUCUUUUUAAGUGAAACUGAAAGGGAGAGGAUUUGUGUGUAGCCCUUGUGAGGCUGGAGGUGGCGUCAUAUCGAUUUCAGUGAAAGAUUUUGUCUGAAAACGUCUUCUACAUUCAGUAGAUGGUGAUAACAAACAGUAUUAGACUUGAAACAAAUGUGAAGUAUCUGAACGCUUGUUAUUCCCAAACCUGUGAGUCGUCUUGUCCGAUUGUGAUGAUGUGGUAUUUAAAAUAGGCUGUUUGUUGUUUUGACUCUUUCAGUUGUUGUUUUUUUUUUUUUGUUGUGUGUAUUUAGGAGGAUGUGUGAGUGAGUUUGAAGUCGUAUCUUUCCAUGGCUGUGGGUAACAGAUUUGUUUUUUGUAUAACUGUUAUUAUCAUUUUCAAAAGUUUAAGAUCAUGUUUGCACUUGGCUACCUGCUGACGUCAAUGCAAACUAAAUUCACAUGAAAUCACAGUGCAGCAAUACUAGGAUCAAUAUAUUAAACAGUAGAUUUAUGAGAUAAUGGGUUCCUGUUGUACAGGCUUCAAAUAUAGACAUCAAUUAUAAAGACCCAAAACAUAAAAGUGAAAAUGGGCUUUUUUUAAACAUUUGGACUACAGGCCCUCUAAGCGGAUAUGCAUCCAUACAUUUUAUUUACUCCCUUUUCCCGUGAUAACGACUUCACUUAAUUUUCUUGAGAUCUGGACUUUUUUUUAUCUUGUUACCUCGAGCUAACAAAGCUGUUUUUUCUCGUGAUAAUGGCACAAUUUUCUGGCGAUCUAGAAAAAACAAAUCAGUAAUCUGGUCACUGUGAUAGGCCAGACUACGACUUGCCAUGCUGCCACUCUAUUGAGGUAAGUUAAGCCUUUUUCUGUUUGGUUUGUGAUUUUGCAACUCUGGGGAUUCAAGAUAAAUAAGUCCAGAUCUUUAGAAAACAACCACAGACUGAUUGUUAUCCCGGGACAAGUGAGUCCAUGAAGUGUACGGAUGCGGGGCUUAGGGGGUUCUAUACAGUGUGACACCACUAGUAGAAGUAAUCAUGUUCACCAGCAGAUGCACAGACAGUAACCCUGAGUGUAACCCUGUAAACUGAACCGUUCACCUGUUCAUCUGUUAGUUCAUGCACAAAGUUUAGCUGAUCAGUGGAAAUGAGGUAAAGAGGAUGCACAAACAUGAACAAAAAAGCGCUACUUCUUCCGGUGUGUACUGAGAUGUGUUCUCUGUUGAAUUCUGGAUCCGUCCAUUCUGAUGUACAUACAGCACAGUAAAUGUGAUUAUUGAAACGACGGUACAGCUGUAAAGUUAUCAUGUAGCAGAAACACUGCGUUCCAUGUUGCUGUAUCAAAGCUUUUCCAUUACUGCACCUAAUGUUCCCACAUGUACUGUAUAUUGUUUGAUAUGUAUCAUCAUGUACUAUAUCAUAACUAGAUAUAAAUAUAUUAUUACUUGAGGUGAGGUAAAUAUUAGCCAUGGAUAAACGCAUUUAGUAAAAACUUGCCCUAACAAGAAGAAUGAAAGAAGGCUGUCUCCACGAGCGAGGCCAAUGAGGAACACAUUUUUGUGUAUUACUUUUGUAUUAUUUGGUCUUACCCUCAUAGAUAUUAAACAGUUCUUGUUG